UCAACCAUAGUUAAAAAAACAAAAAAAAAAACCCAUGAGAAUAAUAUAAAUCCCGUUAAGACUUCAGACCGAAGGGGGAAAAAAUCGAUUAGCUUGGAUGGUCAGAUCACAUGGCUUCCUCGCACCCUGCUUCUCAUCGCACUCACGUUCCUCUCUCUUCCGAGUCAGGAGGCAAUCCAUUUGACAAUGACGCUCCUCCGGUUCCUAUCCAUAUAGUGACCGAUGCUUCUCAGCUUCCGAGGGAGUUCCUGAACCCGUCGCCGAAGAGGCAGUUGGUCGUAGGUUUUGACUGCGAGGGCAUUGACCUUUGUCGCCAUGGGACUCUUUGUAUUAUGCAGCUUUCAUUUCCGGAUGCUAUAUAUUUGGUUGAUGCCAUUGAGGGUGGAGAGAUGCUUAUAAAAGCCUGUAAGCCUGCACUUGAGUCUAGUUACGUCACAAAAGUCAUUCACGAUUGCAAACGAGAUAGUGAGGCAUUGUACUUUCAAUUUGGCAUUAAGUUACACAAUGUUAUGGACACCCAGAUUGCUUAUUCUCUUAUAGAGGAACAAGAAGGACGGACAAGAUUGCCUGAUGACUACAUAUCAUUUGUUGGCCUCCUUGCAGAUCCACGCUAUUGUGGCAUUUCUUAUCCGGAGAAGGAAGAGGUUCGUCUCCUACUUAGGCAGGAUCCCAACUUUUGGACAUAUAGACCAUUAUCUGAGCUUAUGGUCCGUGCAGCUGCAGAUGAUGUCCGCUUUCUUCUAUACAUCUACCACAUGAUGAUGGGGAAACUGAAUCAACGAUCCUUAUGGUACCUUGCAGUUCAUGGAGCAUUGUAUUGCCAAUGUUUCUGCGUCAGUGAUAAUAAUUAUGCUGAUUGGCCAUCUGUCCCUCCCAUUCCAGACAACUUAAUAACGGAGGGGAAUGCUCCUGAGGAAGAAGUACUUUCUAUUCUUGAUGUUCCUCAAGGGAAGAUGGGACGUGUUAUUGGAAGAAAAGGGGCUUCCAUCUUGUCAAUAAAGGAGUCUUGCAACGCGGAAAUCUUUCUUGGGGGUGCUAAGGGUCCGCCAGACAAGGUAUUCAUCAUGGGACCUGUGAAGCAGGUGAGGAAAGCUGAAGCCAUGCUGAGGGGAAGAAUGAUGGAUUGAUAUUUUAUGGCUGGCUUCUCGUUAAAUUGUAAUCGAAAAUGAUCACAAACUAACAACAAGACAACUGUUGUUUGCCUGACCUCCUUAUAUAUAUGUACAGCCAAUUUAACUAUCAUUAUUUACCCAUCUGAGAGCAUACUGCUUUGAUUUGA